AGGUGGUCAAUUCAUAACGAACAAAAGCCCGUUUUCUGUCACAAUUUGUAGAAAAAUACGAAGAAGCAUUUUUUUGACGUGUCCGGACUCGAUUCAGGCCAAUUACUCCAAAUUUGAGUAAAAGACUCGAGUGCACUCGGACUCGAGUCUGGAUUCGCCCCAACACUAAUCAAGACAUUAGCCUCUCGUAUAGCAACAAAAUUUCAAUGUCUUUGCCCUUCAGCGGACCAAUCCAAUGAUUGAGGAGUCCGACGAUGGGUCAGCUUAGGAUGUCAAUGACCCUGCAGAGACAUGUCGUACACUCCCAGCGCAGAACGCUUUGACAGCUCCAAAUUUGACCUGUCUGCCAAUUGCUUCUACGACGUAGCUUUGAAGCUCGGAAGCUCUUUCCUAUUCCCAAAACCGAUCAGUCGUUGGAUUCCUCUGGAUAAGGAUCAUCCUCCAUUCAACAUGACUUCGAACACUUCACUGUUGGUUGUGGCUCUCUUGAUUGGAUCAUCGAGUUUGAUCCGAGCUGAAGUGGAGCAUGCCAAUCCUCGUCACCUCACCGAGGAGGACUUCAAAAUUGCUGACACCUUAGACGACGAAGCGUUGUGGGAAAGUCUGGAUGAAAAGUUCAAGACGACUGGAGGGCCUUUAAACACUGUUUACAAUGGUACCCAAUAUAAAAGCUUGUGGGGAAUUUGGAAAGACAACACGGUUCCGUAUCAAAUCAUUGGAGACUUCAGCUCCAAUGAUCGAGCUGCCAUCGCCAAGGCCAUUCAAUAUCUUGAAAGGGAGACCUGCGUGAGAUUCCGACCCACUGAGAAUUCAAACUCUCUACCGAGAAUGGACAUUAAGGCGGCGAAUUUGGGCGGUUUUUGUUAUGCCGUGUGGAACACUGGGGGUGGAGUCUCCGCAACCGUGAAUCUCUCUCCCAACAGCGCUUGCACUAUGCCCAGAACGAUUCUUCACGAGAUUCUUCACGGAUUCUCUUGGUAUCAUACCCACAAACGUCCGGAUCGCGACGCCCACGUCAAAGUUCUUUGGGACAAUGUGCUGGGUAGUAAAAGGGAUGAGUUCUCGAUUUGCUCGGGGUGUUGCUGCAAGACCUGGGACACGCCCUACGAUUGUGACAGUGUUAUGCAUUACGCUCAGGAUCAAAUGUCCAGCAAUGGGAAAGAUACUUUGGCCCCCGUCUCGGGCAGCUGUCAAUUACUCCCGUUUUCCCGGUGGAACCACAAAACGCCCUAUUUGUCCAGUGAGGACAUGAAAUUCUUGCGGCGUCAAUACACUUGCUGAUAUGUUGCAAGAAUGCAAGCACUCCAGGAUAAUGUGUUUAAUAAACAUAAAGAAAGACGUCA